AUGUUCAUCUACAAGAAAAUCAAGAGACGCAAUGACGGAAAACGCCAAGAGCAUGCAAUAUCAACCACACCCAAUAACAAUGCGAUCCAAGGGUAUACAACGAUUGAGAGCUUAGAGCUUGACGAACGGAAUAAAAAGAAGAAAACUCUUUCGCCAGAGAAAGCUGCUGAGAAGCGACGAAGGACUAUAUACCGCUGGAAGAUAAUCCUAGGAUUGUUCGUUCCCUACUGCUUGCAAGCCCUAGAUACAACGAUUGUGGCUUCAGCAUUGCCAUUCAUCGCAGAGGACUUCAACCAACUCAAACAAUUAAACUGGAUCAUCUCCGUAUUCAACCUCACAUCUGCGGCCUUCCUGUUCUUCUGGGCCCAGCUAACCGAUCUCUUCGGCCGCCACAUCGUUCUACAAUCCGCAAUCUUCAUCAUGAUGAUCGGCUCGGCAAUUUGCACCGGCGCCCCAACAUCAGCAUUCAGCGUUCUCCUCCUCGGCCGCGCCCUCCAAGGUAUCGGUGCCGCAGGGGUGAAUAUCUCCAUCCGCACAAUCCUCGCUGACCGCGUCUCCCUCUCCGAGUACACCCUCAACUGGACAAUCUUCGCACUCAUAUCGGGCAUCGGAUACAGUAUAGGCCCCGUUGUUGGUGGAUAUCUGACCCAGACGUCGUGGCGGUGGUGUUUCGCAAUUAACCUGCCCAUCGCGGUUGCAGCCAUGCCGGUCGUGGCUCUUGUCUUGAGAAAUGAGUUACAGGGUCCGCAACCUGUUCCCGAACUAGAGGGCGAAAGUAUAACGACUCGCUCUGGUCGGUUGCUUGCCAGAAUCUCGACCAUCGAUUACGGUGGCCAGAUGCUUUUUCUCUGGGGAUUUGGUCUGCUUAUCCUUGCUUUUACCUGGGCUGGUGGUAUCUACUCUUGGAAGUCUGCCGCUGUUCUGGCGCCGAUGGUGAUCGGUGGGAUCCUGGCUAUUGUUUGGAUGAUCUAUGAGCGCUGCAUGGAGCCGGGAUUGGCGAUGUCACGAAUCUUUCCACGCCAGAAGGCAAUGGUGCCAUGGGAAUUGCUGAAACAGCGCGAUAUAUGCUUGCUCUUUUUGGUGAAUUUCUCGGUUGGAGUAUCCAUGUUUGCUGUGAUGUAUUUCAUGGAUCUAUACUUCGCGUUGGUGGAAGGAAAGCCUUCUAGUGAUGCCGGGCUAGCGCUGCUGUAUUUCCUCCCUGGCUUGGGUGCGGGUCUGUACAUGGCCAUGUUCUCCUCGAACGUCUGGCCCCGCCAAACCUUCCCGGCUCUGCUCUUGGGCAGUAUCACAACCGCAACGGGAAUGACGGUGCUUGCGUGGGGUGUACACGCGGGCAGAACGAAUGUGAUCUACGGUAUGAUGGCGCUCGUCGGACACGGAGUCGGCAUGCGUAUGAAUCCAGCUUCAAUGCAUGGACUAGCGUAUUUUCCCGCGAUGACGGCGCAAAUCUCGUGUCUUGCUUCGUUUGCUGUUCCAUUUGGAGGUUUGCUCGGGUUAACGAUUAUGUCGACAGUGUUUACCAAUAAGAGCGGUGUUGACCAGCGUGAUGCUCAGGAUGGUAUCAUGUGGGCAUUUAUUGCCAUGAUGCCGUUCAUGUGGUUUUCUGUGGUGAUUACGACUUUCCUUGGUAAUGUGUGGAUUUUGAAGGACGGAGGCCAUGAGGUUGUAAAUAAGCCAUAUUUCUGGUGUUUGAUAUUUCGAAGAGACAAUUUGAGGGAGAAGAGGGAUCGUGGGGAACAGGUGGAUGAUUCUGGGAGGACAAGGGACGUCGAGGCAACACCUGAGGGAGGUAGCCGAUAG